AUGGCCCAAGAUUGGAAAAACACAAUUUUGCAACGCAUGAAACAGAGGAAUGCUGCGCAGAGCGAGAGAUACGAACAAGUACUAACCUCGUACAACGCCCUAGUGGAUGAAAAAAACAAACUGACAGCCAUCAUUGCAUCGUUUACCUCAGAAAAUGUGUUCAUGCUUAAUGGUAAACAUUCGAGCAUCUCACAUUCCAUUCGAGAAAAUUCUAUUCCGAACAUUUUAAACAACUUCUAUGCGCAGCGUGAGGAUUACGAUGGGGACAGUGUCACGCAUCGGAACAUGUCACUUAGCCUAGCAUCGGUGAAUGAUGCAACCACGGAAGGAUCUCCAGGGGGGGCGGCAACCCCGACAGGAGCUACGACCAAAACGGAGGACAGGCGCACAGACGAAGUCUCCAAAAGGGAAUUCCAUCAACUCAUUAAGGAGAAAUGCAAAGCAGACGAAAUGAUACUUCUCCUGAAAAACAACAUAAAUGAAAAAAAAAAAAAUCUAAACAUUUUAAACAAACAAAAUAAAACUUUAAAUGAUGCACUUGUAAAAAAGGAACAACAACUGAACGAAAAAAAAGAGAAGUUAUGUAAUCUGCAAAAUGUUAUUAGUAGACAAAAGAAGGAAAUAAAAUUUUACACCAGUUGUAACGUAUCACUUAAGAGGAGAAUCAAAUUGAACCAAAAGAAAAACCAAAAAAUGAUUAACGAAUUUGAUGCAAUGAGACUUUCGUAUUUCAAAAUAUGGAAAGAAGCUUUCCAACUGAAAACAUGCAAAAAGAAUCUGGAGAAGGAGUAUUUUGCCAUCAGAAAUGAAUUAUUACAGAGGAAAAUAGAAAAUAAAAAACUCCUUGAAUGCUUGUUAAAAAUUAAGAAAGCAUACAGACAUCAACUGAUCAAGAUGCACACAUCUGUGCGACAUCGUAAAGACAAUUAUUCUCUUAUUUCAGAGAAAAGUCAAACAGCCAAACGAAGGUUUUCUAAAAAACAAAGGUUUCUUUUAACUCUCUAUUGGGACAAACUACACUACGUAUAUAGCUGUGCGAACAACCCCCCUUGGGCGGAUGCACACCAUUCGCAUCAUAAGAGCAAAAUUUCUGAAAAAAAAAAAAAAAAAUUCUUAGCUAUACCCAGUAGAUUUAGCCAUACUGAGGGUCUGCCCAUUCUUCAGGACAUUUGUCACCAGGAAAAGUUCCAGCGAGGAGAAAACACACCCUCCCCAGAAGCAUCAUAUGCAAGUGCGAAAAACAAAUACAGCAUCCUACGGGAGGAUGUUGAGGUGGUACAGAGGAAGGGUACCUUUUUUCAAAACCAUGUGGGAAACCACAACCGUGUGGGAGCAACAAGUCUACGAAAUAAUUACCAUGCGAAGGGAACGUACCGAACUGUAUCAAAUGAUCCAACUGAACUCCUUAGCAACGGUUUACCUAGACAACGUUUGUACAAGAUAAAGGCACGCUUAAAUGUUCACACGAACAGUAGUGUUGUCUGCUUUGGCGCAUUCCCAGGAGCAUGUCCCCAGAUAGAUUCAUACAAAUACGUGAAGGAAAAAUGGGAGGGAAGACUGCGGCGUUGUGUUUCCCACAACGAGAAGCAAUUGAACCCAUCAGGUUUAGCAAACCGUGAUGAGAAUGGAACCACUCCAAUUUAUUGUAACGACUCCGACAGUGACGUGGACAUGGUUAGCGUCGUUGAUAGGGAUGGUAGCGAUGGAGACUAUUCCGACUGGAGGAACCCCUGUCCGGUCGACUUGCGUAGGGUUUCUGUUCCUCACCCGGCAGAUGGUCACCGAUAUAACGCGCUCGUCACUUGCGCACAGGACGGAAGUAUGGCCUUUGUAAAGAUCAAAAGAAACGAGCUGAUGUGCAUUAAACGUUUUCAACUAACGGACCAGAAAAUCGAAGCAAACAAUGUGUGCGUACACCCCGCCAGAAAACAUUCGAUACUCUCCCUAACGAACAAUGCCAUCUGCUUAGUAAAUAACGAAAGCGGCCAAAUUGAAAAUUGGUAUCAUUCCCAUGAUGAAAAAAUAACAUCCAUUAAUUUCUUGCACCAUCAAAGUUACUCCGACGAGCUACCUCCAAAUGGUGUAUCCCCAACGGAGGACAGACCUUUUUUUUAUUCGACUAGUUUAGACAAAACGGUAAAAUUCUUCCAUAUGGAAAGAAAAAAUUUGUAUAGCUCAUUUUCCAUAAACGAUGCGAUUACCUGUUCAUGUAAAUCAAACAAGCAGCCACUUGUUCUCAUUGGAACGCGUUCAGGUUCAGUCAUAUGUUAUGAUGUAAGGGUUCAAAACAAAAGGGUAACCCACUCAGCACUAUAUGAAAGGAACCUUUUUGAUGAAGAAAUUUCCGGUGUCAGUUUCUCCCCUGAUUAUCGACUAAUAGCAAUACAGUCCAUCGGGGGAAAAACCAAAUUGCUAAACACAAAUAAAAUUAAUUUUUUUCAGUGCCUUGAAAAUCCUCCAGAUUUUUUAAAAAAUGAAAAUCCCACAUGUGCACCUGUUUUCUCACCUCAUGGGAAUGAAUUGAUUUGCACCUUCCCGUACACCUUAAUUGCACACAAUGUUGUUACACAUUCUUACGUUACCGUUGUUAAUGAUGAGCUUGGCCAGAUAAACGGGAUCAACUACUUGCAGGGAGGCAACCUGUGCACAAUUCACGCAGAUGGGAAUGUUGCCAUUUGGUGA